UACCCCAACAGCCUUUCUGCUUUUGUCAGAAAGGCUGAUGGGCUUGCCUGUGACUUAACUGAUGUUUAAGGACGAAGCUUUUUAGGUUGUUUUCUUACUUUUUAUCCUUAUUUUCUGAGUGGAGCGUCAGAAGAGAUGAACAAACGGGACUUGUUUCUGGAAGGCAAAAUGAGUACAAACAACUGUAAGACAGUGGAUGAGGAAUUACUGUCUGAUAACAAUUUCCUCCCUAUUUUUUACGUCUUUAUAUUUGUUGUUGGAUUGAUCCUGAAUGCUUGUGGAAUGAUUUGCUUGGUGAAGAACUGGAAGAAAUUUCGGAUUAACAUCUUUUUUCUGAACCUCGAACUAACGAACUUGUUGUUUUUGCUCACUCGCCCCUUUUUGAUUGCGUACUACUUUAAUAAUGUUGCAUGGACCUUUGGAGAACCUUUCUGCAAGGUAACAAGAUUCUGCUUUAGACUGAAUUUAUACGGCAGCAUCGGAUUCAUCACAUGUAUCAGUGUGUACCGGUACCUGGCCAUCGUCCAGCCAAUAAAAAUGAGGAGAAAAUCAAGUAAGACUCACUCUGUGGUCAUCUCUGUCCUGGUGUGGAUUCUGGCGAGUGUUGGAAGUCUUCCAGACAUCAUCUACCCCAAGCAAAUAGCGGGCAAACCUGAAACAUGUUUGCCUGCCACUGAUGAAGCACACAUUGAGGGAUACUUUAUAUACAACCUCAUCUGGACAAUCUUUGGAUUCUGCAUCCCUUUCAUCAUCAUAGUGGGCUGCUACGGACAUGUGGCUCUUGUCAUCCACCGCUCAAAUAUGAUGAAAAAGAACCAUAGACGAAAAAUCUUAAAACCGUUGAUUAUUUUGUCUCUUCUCUUCUUGCUUUGUUACACACCCUACCUUGUUUUGAAGAACCUCAGCGUGUAUGCCAAAUAUCUGGGUUUUAAGUACCCACUGUGCCCCUCAUGGUAUGAUGAAGUCUUUUAUCUGCGUCAUGUAAGUCGGGGUCUUGUGAGCCUGAACACUGCUCUUAACCCGCUGAUUUACAUGUAUUUUCAUGAGGAAAUGAGCGCCCAGUUCAGCCAGCUGCAGCAGCGAUGUAAACAGAUGUUCAGUUGCUGUUCCAAGCUGAAAUCCAGUUCUGAACUAGUACCACACACUGAGGAUGAAGCUGAAUGUGCUUUAUGACAUGUUUUUUUACUAGACCACGUCAUGAGUGAAAUUUUUGCUCAUUACGCUUUGUAUUCAUCUAAUUUGUUGACUGCUUCUGUUAGAUGCUAGAGAAUUAAUAACUCCAUAAGAAAUAAAGCAGAGAAAGUUUCACUGUCACUGCUGUAGUGGAACAACAACAGGAGAAGGAUGAAAGGCUUUUUAACACAUUUCAUUGAAUUGAUUGUUAUUUUUUUGUUCCUAUCCACACAUGGUCAAGAUUAUAGAUUUUUGAAAAAGUAUUUAUCUUCUUGCAUAUUUCUUCUGUUCCUUCUGUUUUGUCACAGUCAAAUUGUGAUCAUCAAACUCAUAAUAAUAAAAUGUAAUAAAAAACAAUUAUAUCCUGAGUAACGACAAAAUGCAAUUCUCAAGUUAUGUUUUUAUAAAAAUGGAAAGACACAUUAUUGGGUGUCAAAAAGUGAUUCCCUUCCAAAUCCAGCAAUGGUUUGGUCAUUUUUCCCUGGGUGGUAGCUACUCCUAUGAUGUGCUGGAUUUUUAUUUUUGUCUUUUAAUCCUGGUGUUUAAUUUAUGGAUCAUUCAUCCUUCAAUUUUGUUUUGAUAUGGCUUCAUAGGGUGGUGUUUAACAAGUUUUAUUGUCACUGCUGUGCAGAAAUAAAAUGUUUAGAAUUGUGAA